AAUGGAUUACAAUAUGAAAUUUGUAGAAUUAUUAAAAAAACAUGAAAAUCAUUAGAUGAUACUUCAGGUGGCAUUAGAUGUAAUGCUUUAAGAAAAAAAUUAUAAAAAUCAACUCACAAAAUAUAGAGAUGAAUUGAGAAGAGAAGAUAAAAUUUUAGUUACCAAAUGUACUAAAGCUUUAAAAGAAUUGGCUAUGCGAUCAUAAUAAGAUUAAAUUAAAACAUUAGAGAAAAUAAGCAAAAUUGAUUAAUAAAUUAUGCUUUAUCUUAAGGAUUAAGUAUUACCUAUCAUUCAUUUUGACAGAAAGUUAAAUAAUUAUACUUUCAUUAAAUACUAUACAGAUCCAGGUAUUAUAGUUUAAUUUAUUAUAGAAAAUUCAAUCAAUCCAUAAGAAACCAUUAUUGAAACACAACAUAAAGAAAAUACUAAUUUAGAAUCUUUUGAGGCUGAUUUCUCUAAAUUAGAAUGGAAAUUGGAAAUUACAUUAUCUAGCAUUAAAAUGAGAAAAGUAUUCUUUAAUUUUGAAUAAUGAUUAGGUCAUUCGACCAUUAAUUCUUUUAAUAUUCCAUACAAAAAAAGGAGUUAAGAAAACUAUGUAUUUAGAUUACAAUUAAUUCUAAGAAUUCAGAAAGAAUGUUGCAUUAGUCUUAAGAUAAAUACAUAUUAUUGAAAGUAUAUAAAGUAAUUUUUGA